UUUUGGGGAAUAAAAAAGGGGAAAGAAAGAGGAGUCCAACUUUAGUCUAAACUCUCUUAGAUCAAAACUCUCCCAAAGGUCAAAUAGCAAACAAGAUCUCCGUCAUCGACUUCUCCUCAUUACCAUCGUCAAAUCAUUACGCCAAUCUUCCCUUUGUUAGUGUAGAGAUUAUUAGCAAAUAUGGAUGGUGGGAACAGGGGCCAAAAUGGAAUCCAACUUCUGUUAACAGCAGAGCAAGAAGCUCAACAAAUCGUGAAUGCUGCCCGAAAUGCAAAGUUGGCUAGACUAAAACAAGCCAAAGAAGAGGCUGAGAGGGAGGUGACUGAAUUUCGUGCUCAAAUGGAAGCUGAUUAUCAAAGAAAACUCACUGAGUCAAGUGGAGACUCGGGUGCAAAUGUGAAACGUCUGGAGAAGGAAACAGAUGAAAAGAUUCAACACCUCCAAACAGAAGCCGAUAGGAUUUCACUUGAUGUUGUUGAGAUGCUUCUGAAGCAUAUCACCUCCGUAAAAUACUAAUGAAGUAAUGAAGUUUGCAGUAUGUGUUCUUGAACAAAAAUUCAAUCUUUUUUUGCUUGUGUAACAUUAAUUGUUUUCAUUAUGGACUGAGAUUUUACAUUUACAACUUGUAUUUGAAACUAUGCUAUGGUUGCAUACUUUUUAUACACUAUGAUUCCACCA